AUGUCUUCCUCAGCUGUCCUCCAAGCUUCCUCGAUUCUGAAGGCGCGGGUCCGCCGCCCUUCGAUGCUGAAAAAGCUUUGCCAUGCUGAAGAUGUGCUUCCCCAUUUCCCUAAUGGAGCCUAUAUUGGAUGGUCCGGGUUUACGGGUGUUGGGUAUCCCAAGAAGGUCCCAACCAUGCUCGCAGAUCACGUCGAGAAGAACAAACUCGAGGGUCAGCUGAAAUACUCCCUUUUCGUCGGCGCCAGCUCUGGAGCAGAGACGGAGAACCGCUGGGCCCAAUUGAACAUGAUUGAGAGGCGUGCCCCGCACCAAGUCGGCAGGGCUAUCGCCAAGGGGAUCAACAACGGAGAUAUUAAGUUCUUUGAUAAACAUUUAUCCAUGUUCCCGGUCGAUUUGGUUUAUGGCUUUUAUACCAGAGACCGGCCGAAUAAGAACUUGGAUGUCGUGAUUGUGGAGGCUACAGCUAUCACGGAGGAUGGUAGCAUUGUUCCUGGAGCGUCUGUCGGUGCUACUCCUGAAUUGAUUCAGAUGGCUGAUAAGGUUAUUAUCGAAGUCAACACCUCCAUGCCAUCCUUUGAAGGCCUUCACGAUAUUACUGGGACCGACCUUCCACCACACCGAAAACCAUACUUGAUCAUGGCACCUGAAGACAGAAUUGGGACAACUGCCAUUCCGGUAGACCCGGAAAAGGUUGUUGCCAUUAUCGAAUCUGACUACCAGGAUCAAACUCAACCCAACGCCCCGCCAGAUGCAACGUCGAAAGCCAUUGCUGGCCAUCUGAUUGAGUUCCUCGAGCAUGAAGUGACGCAUGGCCGCCUGCCUAAGAAUCUCCUUCCAAUCCAAUCUGGUAUUGGCAACAUUGCAAACGCAGUCAUUGGUGGACUUGCAGAAUCGAAUUUCCAAAACCUCAAAGUGUGGACUGAAGUCUUACAAGAUACAUUCCUCGAUCUUUUCGAUUCCGGCCGCCUGGACUUCGCAACCGCAACAUCUAUCCGUUUCUCCCCUGAGGGAUUCAAGCGCUUCUACGACGGCUGGGCGCAAUAUUAUAACAAACUCCUCCUGCGCUCCCAGCAAGUCUCCAACUCACCUGAGAUCAUCCGGAGAUUGGGUGUAAUUGGCAUGAACACCCCAGUCGAAGUCGAUAUCUAUGCCCACGCAAACAGUACCUGCGUGAUGGGCUCUCGAAUGCUGAACGGUAUCGGCGGCUCAGCAGACUUCCUGCGCUCCGCCAAAUACAGCAUCAUGCAUACACCUUCUAGCCGUCCCUCGAAAACCGACCCCCACGGUCUCUCCUGCAUCGUCCCCAUGUGCACCCACGUGGACCAGACAGAGCACGAUCUCGACGUCAUCGUCACGGAGCAAGGCCUCGCGGAUGUUCGUGGCCUAAGCCCCAAGGAGAGAGCUAGAGUUAUUAUCGAGAAGUGCGCGCAUCCCGAUUAUCAAGCUAUCCUGACGGAUUACUUUGAUAAGGCUGAAUUUGAGUGCCUAAGGAAGGGGUGGGGUCAUGAGCCGCAUUUGUUGUGGAAUAGCUUUGAUAUGCAUAAGGCGCUUCAUGAGGAGGGAAGCAUGAAGGCGAUUAAGAGCUGGGGAGAGGGGACGUUUUCAAAGUAA